AUGAACGGCCUUCCGCCAAUGCCAGUUCUCUGGCAGGAGGCGCGCACCGCCGAUGGUCGCGUCUACUUCUACAACAGCCAGACCAAGGUCACCCAAUGGACGAAGCCCGACGAGCUUCUGACCCCGGUUGAGCGCGCUCUGAAAGAUCUUCCGUGGAAGGAGUAUACCGCCGAGGGCGGCAAGAAGUACUGGUACAACACUGAGACAAAGCAGUCGUCAUGGGAAAUGCCCGAGGCCUUCAAAGUCGCUCUCGCAUCCGUGCCCCCUGCUCGUCCGCCUGCAGCACCUGCUUCGCAGUUUGUGGCUGGCGCUGCCCCUCCCUUUGCUUCACAUGGGUUCAAUAGGGACACCCCCGACCGCGCGCCUGUCGACCGCCAGAUAGGCUACACGCAGUCUGAGAAGCUGGAGAGCCUGCGCUCUGUUCCUUCCAUUGACACAAAGACCGGCCCUGAGUACUCCUCCUACGACGAUGCUGAGGCUGCCUUCAUGAAGCUCCUCAAACGCGCCGGUGUCCAGCCUGACUGGACCUGGGACCAAGCAAUGCGCGCCACCAUCAGAGACGACCAGUAUCGUGCCAUUAAGGACCCUAAGGACCGCAAGGCGGCUUUUGAGAAAUACGUGGUUGAGAUGCGCGAGCAGGAGAAGGAGCGCGAGAAGGAGAGGCUCGCCAAGCUUCGCAAUGACUUCAAUAAAAUGCUAAGGAGCCAUCCAGAGAUCAAGUAUUACACGCGCUGGAAGACGGCCAAGCCUAUCAUCGAGGGCGAGACCAUCUAUCGCUCUGCGAAGAGUGACGAGGAGAGGAAGCAACUCUUCGAAGAGUACAUUUGCGAGCUCUACAAGACGCACGUCGAGACUGAGGCCAAAGACCGCCAGCAGGCCAGCGACGAGCUGUCAUCGCUGCUUGGUGAGCUUCAGCUCGAACCAUACAGUCGUUGGACUCAGGUCCGGGAUGUGAUCAAAGAGCACGAGCGCUUCAAGGGUGAUGAAAAGUUUGAGUUGCUGAGCAAGUUGGAUCUCCUGAAAGCAUUUGAGGCCCAUAUCAAGACUCUUGAACGCAGCUUUAACGAGGUUCGCCAGAAGCAGAAGCAAUCCAGAGCGAGGCGCGAGCGCCAGAACCGGGACAAAUUCAUUGCACUGCUCAAGGAGCUUCGCAAUGACGGCAAGAUCCGGGCUGGAACGAAGUGGAAGGAGAUUCAUCCUCUGCUCGAAAAUGAUCCUCGUUACGUUGCGAUGCUGGGCCAGGCCGGCUCAACCCCGUUGGACUUAUUCUGGGAUGUGGUCGAGGAGGAAGAGCGCGUCCUGCGUAGCAAGAGACACGACGUUCUUGACGUUCUAGAUGAUCGUCGUUUCGAAAUCACCCAAAGCACCACUCUGGAUGAGUUUAUGACACUGAUGCGAUCUGAAAGGCGUACAGCAAAUAUCGAUGAUCACUCCCUUAAGCUCCUCUUUGAACGGAUCAAGGAGAAGGAACAGCAACGCUCCGAGGCUAACAAACACCAAGCUGAGCGUGUCCAGCGCCGGCACAUUGAUAAUCUGCGUUCUCGCAUCAAGAGAUUGGAGCCCCCGGUCACUCUGGAAGACACAUGGGAGCAGGUACGUCCUCGCCUUGAGAAGUUCGAAGAAUAUCGACAGCUGGAAUCGGACGAGCUGCGUCGCACUGCUUUCGACAAGCAUUUGCGUCGCUUGAAGGAGAAGGAGGACGAUCACGAGCGCGAGCGCGAGCGCGACCGCAGCAGGCGUGACCGCGACCGAGAGCGUGAGCGUGAACGUGAGCGCGACCGAGAACGGGACCGUGACCGUGACCGUGAGCGCGAGCGCGACCGGGACUACCGCAACGGCCAUGGCCGCCGCCACCGCACCCGCACUCCCGAGCCGGACGCCUACGAGGCGGAUCGCCGCAAAGCGCAAGCGGACCGCGAGCGCCAGUACCGCAAGUCCAGCCUUUCUGGCUUGUCGCCGCCGCCGCGCAGCAGAGAUUGGCGCGGCGAUCGCUACGUCAGCGAUAGAAGAGAGGUCAGUAGCCUGAGCCAUUAUGAUCGCGAACGCAGGGAGCGCGAGGUCGAGCGUGAGCGCUCUUACAUCAGCCGUGCCGACCCGCGUGAGAAGGCUAGCGAGCUCGACUACGGCGACAGCAGGGCUGGCAGCAUGAGGCGCAGAAGAGACAGCGAGAGCCCGGAGAACAAGCGGGAUACCAAGAGAACUCGUAGAGAAACUCGUGAGCGUACUUUCUCCCCUCGCCGUCACAGAUCUAGGACUCCCGAGAAGAAGGCCCAGCCUGCCGAACCGCCCAAAGAGGACGCCGGUCUUCGCUCGGGCAGUGAGGAGGGCGAAAUUGAGGAGGACUAA